AUGGAUGACAUCAUCAUUUAUGGAUCAACCCCACAAGAACAUGAUCAAAGGUUGGAAGCAACAAUGAAAGCUGUGAAAGAAGUUGGACUGAAACUUCAAAAAGCAAAAUGCGAAGUGGGUGUACAACAGUUGACUUACCUGGGGGACACAAUUUCGGCUGAGGGAUUGAAACCUGAUCAGAGAAAAGUUGAGGCAAUCCAGAACAUGGAAAGACCUGGAAACAAAACAGACCUCCAGAGAUUCCUAGGUAUGAUUAAUUAUCUUGCUAGAUACAUACCAGAUUUAUCCACUAGAACAAUGCCAUUAAGAAAGUUGUUAGACCAGAAGGUGUUGUGGAUGUGGGACAAUGAGCAAGAGAAAGCAUGGAAAGAAUUGAAGGAACUUGUUUCAAGCGAACCUGUGUUAAAGUUCUACGAUCCAAACAAGCCCAUAAAGAUUUCAACCGAUGCAAGUAGGAGUGGCUUAGGAGCAGUACUGCAGCAGCUACAUGGUGAAAAUUGGCUUCCAGUAGCAUAUGCAUCGAGGUCAGUUACAGAUUGUGAGAGCAGAUAUGCAACAAUUGAACUUGAGACACUAGGCAUGACAUUUUCUUGUGAAAGAUUCCACCAGUACAUAUACGGUCAAGAAUUCGAAAUAGAGACAGACCACAAACCAUUAGUGUCAAUUUUCAAAAAAUCACUAAUUGAUAGCCCACCACGAAUACAGCGGUUGAGAUUACGAUUACAGAAAUAUGAUUUCAAACUUUCGUACGUUCCUGGUAAGUGGAUGCAUACACCAGAUGCAUUAUCCAGAGCACCCCUGAAGCUGGCAAGUAAGUCAGACCACCAUAUUGAAGCUCAUGUUGAUGGAAUCAUAGCAGUGCUACAAGUCACAGAUGAGAAACUAAAAGAGAUUAAAGAGGAAACCCAAAAGGACAAAACAAUGAUAUCACUUCAAAAUACUAUCAUGCAAGGUUGGCCCAAUGAAAGACCCAAUACUUCUAACGAACUUCAUGCUUAUUGGAACAUUAGAGAUGAAUUAUCGGUACACCAAGGGCUGAUACUAAAAGGGUCAAAGAUUGUAAUUCCAACAAAGAUGAGAAAAGAAAUCCUAAUAAAAAUUCAUGCUGGUCAUCAGGGCAGAGAGAAAUGCAAGCAACGUGCCAGACAAGUAGUAUUCUGGCCUGGAAUCAACAGUGACAUUGAUAAUAUAGUUGAGAGUUGCGAGACAUGCCAACAUCACCAGCAUAACCACCAGAAAGAACCAUUAAAGCCAUAUCCAGUUCCAACCCGUCCCUGGCAAGUGGUCGGCACAGAUCUCUGUGAAAUCAACAAGAAAGAAUAUCUUGUCAUUGUGGAUGCAUAUUCCAGCUAUCCGGAAGUGAUACCUCUAUCAAGCCAAAGCAGUAAAGCUGUGAUUAAAGGUAUGAAAGUAACUUUCGCCAGACAUGGCAUUCCUGAUAUUGUUCAUAGUGACAAUGGACCAUGUUACAGUAGUCAAGAGUUUGCUGAUUUCAAGACCAAAUGGGGAUUUAAACAUGUUACCAGUAGUCCUCAUUUCCCGUCCUCUAAUGGGUUAGUCGAGAAGGCUGUCCAGACAGUAAAGAAUAUUAUAAGCAAAUCAAUUGAAAGCGGAACAGACCCGUAUCUCGGACUGUUAGCAUAUAGAUCAACACCACUUGACAACCAUAAGUCACCAGCUGAGUUACUGAUGGGAAGAACACUUAAAACAGAUCUUCCAGUUGUAGAAAACCAGCUCAAUGUUAAAGAUUCCAAAGCAGUUGUUGCAUGGAAAACAAAGAAAAAAGAAAUCCAGAAGGCUUAUCAUGACAGAGAAGCCAAACCUUUGCCACCACUGAAGCAAGGUGAGAUGGUGAGAAUCUACGACCAAAAGAAGUUGAUGUGGGGAGAAAAGGCAACGGUGAAAGAAAAGAUUGCAAUUCGUUCGUACAUAGUGGAAACCAAGGACAAAGUUCAAUACAGACGAAACAGGAAACAAUUGAGAAAAAUUACCUCGGAAGUCGAAGACGGAAAUGAUAAAAAUGUAAGCACAACGAAACGAGCGGAGAAACAAGUCGAGACAAAGUCGUUACCCUCGAAUGAAGUAUCAAGAGACAGAUCAAGAUAUGGUAGAACAAUAAAGAAACCUCGUAGAUAUGAACAAUACACUUAA